AUGCCUCCGCCCGCCCCGUCGUCUUCGGGCUUGUUCGCCAAAGAAGUGGCUUCCUCUGCGACAGUGGCGUCACCUGCCAUCCCGCCGUCCCCGACCUCAGAGACGUCCCAUACCCCACUCGGUAGCGAUGCCGGCCAGGCGGCCCCAUCCGCGCUGCACCCACGGGUGGCUGUCAUAUUGGGGGUGGAUCGCAGGUGGUAUAUCCCCCUGUUGGUCUGCCGGGCUCUGAGUACAGUGCCCUCCGCGUGGUGGGGCCUGCGAUGUGCUUUCACCUUCCUGGCGGAGUUGCUGCACAUCCGGCCGGGUAUGGGACGAGAGGGGUGGGCGGCGGCGAUUGUUGGUAGUGUGGGACAGGAAUGGGAUGUGGAGCGGAGGCUUCUAAACUACACCCCGCCGGCUGUUGUGAUCCGUCUCUUGACAACAAACGGGUUAAUUGCAUAUAUCACUUCCUGGGUCCUUUAUCUCUCCGGUGCAUCGUCUGAUCCCCGACUCCUGCUGCCCGCCUGGAUCUCCAUUACAACCACCCUCACUUUCGUCUACCAUGCAACCCAAAACCACGCCACGAUCAAACGCGAAACCGCAGCCUCGCUCCUAGUUGUGUCCGUUGCCAGCUUUGUCAGUAUGUCCUCGCUUCUACUACAAUUGCACUUAACUCGCGAAAACGAACCCGAGGUGCCCGUCUUCGUCAUCACCCGCAAGUUAUGGGACUGGGCCGUGGCCAUAUUUCUGCGCAUGCGAGUCGCCGACGACCGCGCGAUUGCGGGAGAACUCUAG